AUCCAUUAGCAUCUCCUGUUUUCCCUAUUUUGCAAAAAGGAUUAACUACUUUACUUCAGAACAAGAAUUUAGGAAUAAAAACGGAAAAAUUUUAUUUAUUUGUUUAUUCAAUUUUCAAAUUGUUGCAGCUCGUAUUCAAUGGCCACAAGCUUGACUUUUGCCAAAUUCCUAUUGAUAUCUACUUCAGACUCUGCAAAUUGAGCUCCAAAAAUGAUGCUUUCUGUCUUCUUUUUGACGAUGAUAUUGGAGUCUCUGUUCAGACCCAUAUCUUGGUUUCUGUAUAAUUGGAGUAAUACUGUAGUAGUAAUCGGGGAUUGACCUCCCAAUCGGGAAUUGAGAGAUUCUUGAAUCCCAGAUUCUAAUUAUAGGAAUUUGCGGUGACCCAGUUGGAUUCUUUGCAGAAUACUUGAAAAAUUAUUGGAACACCAUGGAUACUUUACUUAAAACUCAUAACAAGCUUGAAUUCUUGCCUCAACUUCAUGGGUUUUCCUAUAAAGUUAGUAAUUUGAGCUCUAUAAAGCUUCAAAACCCAGAGCUUAGGUUUUCCCCCAAGAAAUCUUAUCGAAAAACAGGUAGAACAGGUUGUGUUAAGGCUGCUAGUGGUGCUCUUUUGGAACUCGUACCAGAAAUCAAGAAGGAAAAUCUUGAAUUUGAUCUCCCUAUCUAUGACCCAUCAAAAGGCCUCUUAGUUGAUCUUGCAGUUGUGGGUGGUGGCCCUGCAGGGCUUGCAGUUGCACAACAAGUUUCCGAGGCAGGGCUCUCUGUUUGUUCGAUUGACCCAUCACCUAAAUUGAUUUGGCCUAAUAAUUAUGGGGUUUGGGUGGAUGAAUUUGAGGCCAUGGAUUUGCUUGAUUGUCUUGAUACCACUUGGUCUGGUGCUGUUGUCUAUAUUGAUGACAAAACAAAGAAGGAUCUUGGUAGACCUUAUGGAAGAGUGAAUAGAAAGCAGCUGAAGUCGAAAAUGCUACAAAAAUGCAUAUCCAAUGGUGUUAAGUUUCACCAAGCUAAAGUUAUUAAGGUUAUUCACGAGGAGUCCAAAUCUCUGCUGAUUUGUAACGAUGGUGUCACAAUUCAGGCUACUGUGGUUCUUGAUGCAACUGGUUUUUCUAGAUGUCUUGUACAGUAUGAUAAGCCAUAUAAUCCAGGUUACCAAGUGGCAUAUGGAAUUUUGGCUGAGGUAGAAGAGCAUCCAUUUGAUGUAGAUAAGAUGGUUUUUAUGGAUUGGAGAGAUUCACAUUUGGACAACAAUUUGGAGCUGAAAGAGAGAAAUAGUAAGAUCCCUACUUUUCUAUAUGCAAUGCCCUUUUCAUCAGAGAGAAUAUUUCUUGAAGAAACUUCCCUAGUUGCUCGGCCUGGAGUACGCAUGGAAGAUAUCCAAGAAAGGAUGGUCGCUAGAUUAAAGCACUUAGGCAUAAAAGUGAAAAGUAUUGAAGAAGAUGAGCAUUGUGUGAUCCCGAUGGGUGGCCCGCUCCCUGUCCUUCCUCAAAGAAUUGUUGGGAUCGGUGGUACAGCAGGCAUGGUUCACCCUUCAACUGGGUAUAUGGUAGCAAGAACUCUAGCAGCAGCUCCAAUAGUUGCUAACUCAAUAGUGCAGUACCUUGGUUCCGGUAGAAGUCUAUCAGGAAAUGAACUGUCAGCGGAAGUUUGGAAAGAUUUAUGGCCAAUACAGAGGAGGAGACAGAGGGAGUUCUUCUGUUUCGGCAUGGAUAUUCUCCUGAAGCUUGAUUUGCAAGCUACAAGAAGGUUUUUCAAUGCAUUUUUUGAUCUGGAACCUCAUUAUUGGCAUGGUUUCCUGUCAUCUCGUCUAUUUCUCCCAGAGCUUCUAUUUUUCGGCCUUUCGUUGUUUUCCCAUGCUUCUAAUACUUCCAGGUUAGAGAUUAUGGCAAAAGGAACUGUUCCUUUGGUUAACAUGAUCAACAAUUUAAUACGGGAUAGAGAAUAGAUUGGUGGGAUUCCAUUUGUUGUCUGCUGCUAAAUGCAGGCAUUUUUAUGCUUAUUUGCUGUUGUUACCCAUAGUUUUUGUCUAUAGAAUGCAUACUAAUUUUUAUAUUGUUAUCUUAACUGCAUACAGAAUGCUAUAUUAUUUCUGAUUAAGCAA